AUGGAGACCUUCUGUGCUUUCCUCCUGCUGGCAGCAGGAUCAACCCUGACUUCUGCCCAGAAUCCAACAGGGUCCUUGAUGUAUCCUUAUGGGACAUCUCAAGGAGACAGAAAGAAUGACAAGAUAGAUGACGGAUCUUCUGCUGAGAUCACCAUUUCAACUCCUUUCACCUUUUAUGGCAAGCCAUACCGCUCUCUCUAUGUAAACAACAACGGUGUGGUCUCGUUUGGUGUGAGAGUCGCACAGUACACACCUGACCCUUUCCCGCUGAGUGGUGGGUCACCCUUUGUGGCUCCAUACUGGGCCGAUGUCGACAAUCGGAAAGGUGGGGAUAUUUUCUGGAGGCAAUCUCAGGAUCCCAGCUUGCUUAGGUGCUGCACCGAAGACAUCAAUAAGUACUUCCCUGGUGUCCCAUUCACUGCCGUCUGGGCCUUCGUUGCUACCUGGGACCGUGUGUAUUAUUAUGGGUCUACUUCAAGCAAGGUCAACACCUUCCAGGCUGUCUUGACAACCAACAGGCAAAUCUCCUUCAUCGUGUUAAAUUACAGUAGCAUUCAGUGGACCACAGGGACAGCAAGUGGUGGGAAUGCAGCUACGGGCCUUGGUGGAACCCCAGCGCAGGCUGGAUUUGACAGUGGAGACAAAAAAAAUUACUACAACAUCCCUUCUUCCCGCACUGCUGAUAUCAUCAAUAUCGGGAGGACCACUAACGUGGGUGUGCCAGGGCGAUGGGUUUUCCAGGUGGAUGAAUUUGUGGUUCCAGCCCCCACGGAGAGUGUUGACUGCGCACUGUGA